CCGUUAUAUAAAGAGCAGAAGAGGUUUGAGUCGUUUGUUCCGAUUAUACCCCUCCUCGGCGAGUUGAACGAGUUAUGGAGUGGUUGGAGCGCGUCAUCAUUCCGAUGAGACGAGUUUGGAUCGUUGCCGUCGCUCGUCUUCGAACUCGGAGAACUGGGUUGGGGGGAUUGAGGCAGGAGGUGAGCACGUGCGAGUAUGAGGAUGUGCACGUGAUGUGGGAGAUGGUAAGUAAGACGGGAACUUCAGAGAGGAAGCCACACGUGUGGGAUGGGAUCUUUGGUUGGGCUCCGUGUAACUUGCGGUGUUGAUUUUGAGAUUGUUCGCACGUGGGGGAUGCACGUGCGAGAGGGGAGUUUCUAGAUAUGAAGAUGGUGUGAGAUGAAAACCUUGCCAUGAAUGUAAAUAAUUUUAAUAAUCUGAUAAUGAGUUAAUGGUUUUCACUCGGAGUGAGUUGGUGUGAAUAGAGAGGGUCUGCUUUGGUUGUU